AAGCCAAAUUGGGGAGCUAGCAGGAAAAAACGAGGGAUGACCCGGUGCAAUGAGAAAGAGAGUGAGGAGCAAACGGGAAACACCGGGACGGAAAAGAAGAAAAGUAAAACGGGGAAGCAUGUGUCUUUCCCUCCCGAUGAGCAGAUUGUGUCGGGGUUUGCCGAGCUCCAAAACAAAAACGCUGACAGAUGCCUCACCUUGACGGAGGUAAUGGCGGCCUACCGGCAGAGCUGCAGCAAGCAUCAAGUGCAGCCCAACGCUCGUGUGCUGGAGCUAAUGCAGCAGGGCGCUUGUGUAGGUGGCAGUGUGAAAUGCCUGGAUCUUAAAGGUGAGCGAUUAGACCACCGCUCCUGUGAAGCUCUGGAAGCCGUGCUCAAAUGGCUGCACUUUGAUUUCAUCAGUCUGCAGGCAGCCCAACUGGAAGAAAAUGGUGCAGCGUCCUUACUGGAUAUGAUUUUGUACUACGAAUCUACAAUCCAUCUCGACAUUUCUGACAACAGCACUCUGGCUACGUCGGGGUGGAGGGCCCUGGCUCAUUUAAUAAAGCAGAGUGUGCGUCUCUCCAGGUUGGACGUGUGUAACGUGUCCCUCGUUGACCACUCGUCUCAGUCUCUGUCCAAAGCUCUUGUGUCCAGUCGACUCUCAGAGCUGCACCUGGACAACGCCGAACUCACAGGACUCCCCCUGUUUACACUGGUCACCGCCCUCAAAUCCAACGUCCACCUCAGAGAACUUCACAUCGGUCACAACCAACUCAACAGUUUCCAGGAUUCUCUGCAGCUCGGCGACCUGCUCCGCUACAACAACACGCUCCGCACGCUGCAGCUCGGCCACAACGCCAUCGCCGACGCCGGCCUGGAGGAGCUUUGUGACGGGUUAAGAUGGCAGCUGACCGGACUGAAGGUUCUGCUUCUGAAAAACAACAAAAUCACUGCAAAAGGCAUGACGCACCUGGCCAAAGCUCUGCCGGUGCUUCGGGUGCUGCAGGUUUUGGACUUGGGGGAAAACCUUUUGGGAAAUGAAGGAGUCCACAUCAUCCGAGAGCCUCUGAUGGCGAAUAACUCCCUGCUGCAGCUCGGACUCGCUCAGACCUCCAUCACGUGCGAAGGUGCAGUGGCUCUGGCCGAAGUCAUGGCCGAGUCUCGGCUCCUUCAGACUCUGGACUUGGGUCAGAACGAGGUGAGGGUCGGGGGUCUGAUGGCUCUGUGUCUGGCCCUGAGGAUCAACCGCUCCGUGGUCACUCUCCGCCUGGACCAGCAGCCUCCCACAGAGCAGGACAAGUUUCUGAUGGAGACGCAGAUUCGCCUACGCUCCGAAAUCACCCAGCGCUGUCUUGCUAACGCUAGCCGCUCUGGUUUGUCAUCCAUCCAAGACACAUUUACUUCUACGGUCGACACAGAUCAACGCGACGCCUCCCCGACCAGCUGAAAAAAAAUAUAACAAAUACUUUCAUAAAACCAAACGUGAACGAACGGCUAACCUUGGAGACCACCUGAGAACGCCGCUCGCCACUCAGUCACGGACGCAGCGACACGGGACCCCCCCAACCCCAACAGCUGAUAGGAGAUAUAUGUGAAUAAUAAUUCUAUGGCAAAUAAUGAUAAUCAUAAAACUCCAAAUCCUGGUAAUAAAAAAGAGGAGCGCUCCCUCGAUGGAGAGAAGACCUUCCUGCUGUUUGACGCUUAAUGCCCCCAACGCGCAGCUAGCCAUUUUCCAUAAAGCAAUUUUGCAAAAGCCCACUCCCGACGUGAAUCACCUAGAAAUGAAGCGGCGCCCCCUCCCUCUCCUGACGAUAGUUACACCUCUGUUUCUGGAUAUGUGCUGUUUGCGCUCCGUCAUUCCUUAAUGUUUUGUGGGACAUUGCUCUGUGGCGCCAUUACAGAAACAGACCUGGAGUGAGCCAAGUUUUCAAUUUCAUUUGUCAGGGCGAAACGAACGCUCACGAUGCGAAAAUGUUAUGAGGGACUUUCUACAGCGAGAGUUAACUGUGAGGAUGUCUGUCAAAGCGCAGGGCAGUGGGUGUUAACUUCAAGAGUGCCUUUGCUGUUACUCAUAAUCCAAUUAAAUGUUUGACUCUGC